AUGAAUUCCAGCCUGGGAGAUCUGAAUGCUACAGAGAAUUAUUAUGGAUAUAAUAAUGCCAGUGAACACACAGAACAACUCACCCUUUCUGAUAUAGAAUUGAUUCUUUGGAGAGGCAUUGUUUUAAUGGUCUGCUGUAUUGGAUUUGUGGGCAAUGGCUACAUCAUCUGGCUACUUGGCUUCCAAAUGAAGAGAAACUGUUUCACCACAUUCAUCCUUAACUUGGCCAUUGCAGACUUUUGGUUCCUCACAUUUAUAGUUAUAUAUUUCAUCUUGCAAUUUACCGACUUGCUAGGAAGCAUUCUCGGCCCCAUCUGUUCUUCUUUGUCCCACAUGAUGUACGUCAAUACUCACUUUCUUAUGACGGCCAUCAGCAUUGACCGGUGUGUGGCUGUCCUCUUCCCAAUCUGGCAUCGCUGUUCCCGGCCAAAACAUUUGUCCCCUGCGGUCUGUGUCAUCCUCUGGACCUCCUCUUUCCUCCUUGUUGGAACUGUGGACAUUAUGAUGGUCACAAAAGUCAUUGUGAAUGACAGCCUCUCCAGUCUUUAUUUCCUUGUGACUGCUAUAGUUUGCCUUCCAUUGAUCACUCUCUCUACUGUGGUCCUUUUCAUCAAAGUGUGUAUUAAAUCGAAUCAGAGGAAUCAGGGUCGGCUUUUAUUGUUGAUUUUAAUCACUCUUCUCUGUUUCCUCAUCCUUUCUUUUCCAUUAUCUGUCUUUGCAGUGAUUGCUAGUUUUUUUGGUAUUGAACAUGAAACUAAUGUCGGAUAUUUGAUUUUAUUGUUUUCCUGCCUAAAUAGCAGCAUUAAUCCAGUGAUCUAUUUUCUAGUUGGGAGGAAAAAAGGAGCUCGGUCCAAGGAGAGCAUGAAGGUCCGUUUGCAAAACAUCUUCAAAGAAGGUGAAGUUACUGGAGGGAGAUAG